GCCUAGAAAACAAACAAGAAACAACAACUUCCCUUCCUAUAUAAACCUUCACUGAUACAUGAUCUUUCCCACACCAAAACAACCAGAUCUCAGGCUCAUAGCUCAGACAAUGGAGAAGUCCCCAGCCACAGCAGGAUGCCAUCAUGCACCACUUUUCCAAGAGCCACUUGGUAUUCUCAUCCUUUUCAUCCUCACCUGGUGCAUCUCGAAGCUUCAAAGUCUCCUUCCCACUUCUUGUUGCCAAUCCUGCACUUGUACUGUCUCCCCGACAACCUCGACGCCGGUCCUCGCCGAGACGAAGACAUCGAAGGCACCAAAUAAGAGUGAAUAUGAUGAGAUGAAUGCGACGCAGUCAGAUGCCGAGGUAGCCAUGAGAAAGAUGGGACUUGAUUUUGAUCAAGAGAAAAGCUGCGAAUAUAUUUCUACGCUUUUCGAUGAAGACGAGCCAAGCUUCCAGGAAGUGAAAAUGGCAUUCUUGGUUUUUGAUGAGAACAAUGAUGGGUACAUCGAUGCAUUGGAUUUGCGACGAGUCCUCCACAACUUAGGGUUAGGCGGCCGGGUAGGGGUCAAUGAGUCUGAGCAGAUGAUUGCUAGAUAUGACAUGAACAAUGACAAGAGGUUAGAUUUGAUGGAGUUCACUAAGGUUUUGGAGGACAGCUUUUGCUAGACCCCUUUAUUUCUGUAUUUGUUUUCCUAUAUCUGUGAGAUGCAUUUACGUGUUGUGAUUGACUGAAUUCCGCCACUUGAUUCGAGAGCUAAAUAACUGGUCUGUUGUUUUUUUUUCUUUCCUUUUUGAAAAAAGGGUUUGGCGUCUAGCAUUGCCACUAGCUAUCUUUCUUUUAUUGCGAGAGAAAUUUCCAAUCUAUUCAUCAAUCAUGGCAGUACUGAGAAAACUUGAGGUAAUAAAAGUUACAAUCAGGUCCAUGGAUCACCUAGCGACGACUACAAGCACUGAAGCGAGCCGAAGGCGCACCGCCGUCAUCGCCCCUCCCUCACGCGAGCCGGAAAAAUCUUGUUGUAGUAGAUAGUCGGGAAGUCGUCGUGCUAAGGCCCCAAUGAAACAGCGCACCAGAGCAGCAACCAUCAUCGAUUGAGAGAGUUGUAGAUCGAAAAUAUCAAACAUGUAACCACAUGAACGAAGACGAACAAAAGCUGGAUCUAAAUAGAUCCAUCGAAGAUCAACAUCAACUGAAUCCCACGAUAUCCGACGAAGACACACCUCCACACAUUCCUCCGACGACGCUAUUCGCCACUAGCUAUCCUACAUGCAUGACUGUGGAUUGCGAUGAAUCCCAGCCCAUCAUCACCAAGGAUCAUGCAAGAUCCCCCAAAAGAACACAUACCCGUUUGAGAACUGGAUGUACCCAACCAGCAUUCAGGUACAACACCAUGAAAAAGGGUUUCCCCCCGCUUUAUAUUAUAAAGCACAACCUCCAAGCAUCCAACAACAUAAGAGUAGUACAGGACAGAGUACAGAAAGCAAAUAAAUGAGGUCCGGCUGGGGGCACAGCCAAACAAGCCCCAACUACAAGGAAAAGAACUCUAGUCAAGCUCCGGUGGUGGUGGUGGUGAUGGCGGGGACAUCGCGACAGCCGAAGAACGAAGACCGGCGACAAUGGAGUCAAUGGAGCCACGAUCACGCCGCUUGCUAAGCGGUCUCCAGAGC